GUCUCUCUAAUCAUCUAGAUCUCUGCCAGUCCACCACCAUGUACCUUUACCUCCUCAUCCUCCUCCAACUCCUUUCCUCUGCUGGAGCCUCUGAGAGUGGUAUUGUGGGUGGUAAGAUAGCUAAGCCCCACUCCAGGCCCUAUAUGGUCUCUCUGCAACACAGAGGACGCCAUGUUUGUGGAGGAAUGCUCAUCCGAGAGGACUUUGUCCUGACUUCAGCACACUGCUUGAAAGGUUCUUAUCCUUUAACGGUGGUCCUUGGAGCUCACGACCUAACCGAAGAAGAGAAGAGUCGGCAAGAGAUUCAGGUGGUACAUCACCAUCGCCACCCCUUGCACAGACAAUAUAGCCAGCACACUUAUGACAUCAUGCUACUCCAGUUAAAGACUAAAGCAAAACUGAACAGGUAUGUAAAAGUCCUUGGACUCCCAAAGAAGGAUGGAUCAAUCCCAGCAAACAUCAAGUGCUCCGUAUCUGGUUGGGGCAAGACUAACUCGAACAACGACCAGGGUUCGGACGUUUUGAUGGAAGUGGCGGUGACGGUGGAGGAUAACUCUGAAUGCAAGAGCGUGUGGCAGAAAAACUUUGACAAAAAACAAAUGAUGUGCACUCGUACUACCGGCGGGAAAGGAUUUUGUCAGGGAGAUUCAGGGGGACCUCUAAUUUGUAACAACAAGGCACAGGGUAUCGUUGCUUUAAAUUAUGCUGAGAGAUGUGAUGAUUCCCAAUAUCCUCAUGUGUACAUGAAAAUCCCUUUCUUCAUGCCCUGGAUUAAAGAGGUGUUGCACGGAUAUGGUGCCAACAUGUCUUUAAACAAGCAGGAAUAAAUAACUAGAAAGCACUUUGAUUAUAGUGUACUAACAUAAUGGUAUCUAUUCCUGCAUAAAUACACUGCUCAUCAUGCCCUGGAUAGAGGACAAGUUUCUAAUUUUAAUAAUUUUUUUUCCAUUUAAAAAAACAUUUGUAACUGAUUUGAACUGAUUAUAACGGAUUUCCUUGUUAAGAUACUGUUUUUAUAUAUAUUUUUGCAAUUAGAAAUUAGAAAAUAUAUUAAAAUGUAAUGCUAAACCUUUA